UUGGGGCGCCGGCGGCCAUCCAAUCUUCCAGAUCUUCCCCUCGCCGGCCCGGCCGCGGCAUCUCGCCUUCCAAGCUCCCCCAGCCCCCAACCACCCCGUCCCGGCCGCCGGCCCCCUUCACACACCGCAUGUACUAGCAAGCAACCAACCGACCGAUGGUCGGCAUGGAUCUGGCGCCCCAAGACGUUGUCGCGGAGGUCCUCCGCCGCCUCGCGCCGCGCAGCCUGGCCGCGUGCCGCUGUGUGUGCAAGGGGUGGCGCGCCGUCGUCGACGCCAACCGCCUGCUCCGCGCGGAUCUGCUCCCGCUCACGCUCGAUGGCAUCUUCUACGAGACCUGUCCCUAUAACGAACCCAUGCUUUUCUCCAGCCCCGCCACGGGCCGCAGGGUCACCGGUAAGCUCGACUACCUGGACUGGCCGCUGGACGACGUUUUCCCGAUCAUGGAUUGCUGCAGUGGCCUUCUCCUGAUGUGCUAUCACGUGGUCAACCCCGCCACACGGCAGUGGGUGCGUCUGCCCCCUCUGCCGCCCUCGUGCACGGCCGCAGGCUGCACACGUUGCAGCAGCCAGAAUCGCUACCUCGUGUACGAUCCGGCCCUGUCGCCGCACUACGAGGUGUUCUUGAUCCCUAACAUUCCCUUCACGCUUCCGACGGGGCAUAUCUGUAUGCACAUUUGUCGUGAUGAUGAGUCGGUGUCUGCGAUGGAAUGGCCACCCUCGCCUUACAUCGUGCACGUCUUCUCCUCCAAGACCGGUUGCUGGAAGGAAAGAUCGCUUCUCCGGGAAGGGGAGGCCGCAGGAACGGUUGCCGAAGUGAAAGCGGUUUAUGAUACUGUAUCAUUUUUCCUCUACGCCGCCUAUUGGAAGGACGCACUCUAUGUUCGUUGCGAAGAGGAAUUUCUUCUGAGAAUAAACUUGUUGCAUGAUACCUAUCGAGUGAUCAAGUUUCCAGAUGGAAAUAAAGGAUAUACUGUGCCUCGCAUAGGAAAAUCAGAGAAGGGGGUGUAUUGUGCAUUCCGCGUCGACCGCAACACAUUUCAGAUUUAGUUCCUUGAUGAAUCGCAUGGUCAGAUGGAGUGGGCACUGAGGAAUGUCAUCGACCUUCAGCGAGUAGUGGAAAUUUAUCCUGCCAACCACGUUGAUGGUCCAAACUGGGUCGUGCAGUCGGAGGAUCAGAUGGACCUGGUGUUGAAGAAUGACAUCAAUCUUCAGCCUGCAGAUGACAAGGACAAAGCAAUGACAGAAGGCGAUUUUGACUGGGACUCUGACAAUGAAUACGUGGUUAGCACAAAUGAUUGGGAUAACAAGGGUGGUUAUCGGGAUUAUUUUUAUUGUCUUGGAUUUCAUCCUUACAAAGAGGUUGUUUUCUUUCAUGGGGCCUUCAGAACAGUGGCCUACAAUUUUGAUAGCUGCAAAGUUCUAUACUUGGGUGAGAUGAGGUAUGGAUAUGAAGAGCUACAAGAGUCCUUUUCAUACGCAUCAUGUUGGGUGAGGAACUUACCAGGAAGCAACUGAUAUGGAAACCCUUUGAUUAUAUUUUUGUUUGCAGCAAAUGCCCUGUAGUUCCAGCAGCUCUCCCUGGUCUCCAAUAUUUUUUCAGUUACUCAGAAGGGAUAUGGUCUGAUGUUGUCAACGUAUUUUAUUUUCGACUGCAGCUUUUAAUCUUCAGUACCAAAGAUAAAGAAGGGUGCCCUGGUUUGUUGUAUGGUCCGAUGAUAUUAAUUUUUCUACUAUGGUUUGUAUUGUUGGAUGAUGUUAGUUACUUUUAUUCUUAUGUUGGUGAGUCAAGUACAUGCAUGUUUCAUGAGUAUCAUGACACCCUGUCAGCGGAGAUUCAAGAAGUAAUGGUAUACUUUCAUAUUC